AUGUUAGCAGUGGAAAUAGGAGGAACAACCUGUAUAAAUAUUACUGGGGCAGGGGAUGAUAUAAGAAGAUUUUCACAUCCAUCUGUUGAUGAGCUCAGCAGACACAGUCGGGAGACAUUUGCAGAAGCGAGGAAGAAUUUAGCAGACGCGAAGAAGAAAGUGGCAGACGCGAAGAAGAAAAUGGCAGAUUUGGUUGACAACUGUGGAAGGGUCAAAGGUUGGCUGGAUGCAAGUUCACCUGGAUCUGGCAACUGGAUGAAGUAUAUACGUGGAUCAGACUCGCGGGACGACAGAAACCUAAUGGCCGUACAAGUGGAAGAACAGCCGUGUAAAAUAUCGUCCUUAUGUUUUCUUCUCUCUUUCAGUGAUAACGACUUCCCGCGAGAGAGUGAAGGUUUAGACGGUGAAUUCAAAUGUGACGAGUGCCCCAAAUCUUUUCAGUGGAAGUCAAAUCUUAUCAGACACCAGAUUGCCCACAACAUCGGCAAACGUUUUCCGUGCGAGAACUGCGACAAGAUCUUCACGGACCCCAGCAACCUGCAGCGCCACAUCCGAUCUCAGCACGUGGGCGCUCGCUGCCACGCGUGUUCCGACUGCGGCAAGACGUUUGCGACGUCGAGCGGCCUCAAGCAGCACCAGCACAUCCACAGCACGGUGAAGCCGUUCCAGUGUGAGGUGUGUCUCAAGUCGUACACCCAGUUCUCCAACCUGUGCCGGCACAAACGCAUGCACGCCGACUGCCGCCAGCAGAUCAAGUGCAAGGACUGCGGCCAGGCCUUCUCCACGGUUACCUCCCUUAGCAAGCACAAGCGCUUCUGCGAGGGGGCACUGAGGAACGGGAUGAGGAUGUGCUACAGCGCCGAUAAGAUGACACCGAUGUCGCUGUCUCUCUCCCCCGGGGGCCAGCAGGCCUCCCUCAACUCUAGUCUCGUCGGGUUGUAUGGUUCCCGGCCUCCGUUUCCGUUCUACCCGGCGUUCGGGUCACCGUUUCCUGGUCUCCAUGGAGGACCAUUGCCGGGCAUUCUUGGGCCAUCGCCCAUGGCAAGCAUGCUUACACCGGAGAAAAAGUUAUCACCGGACGCACAGAGCAUGAGUUCAUCAUCGGAAAAGGAUGAGAAGAGACGCGACGUGUUGUUGCCCGACGGGUCGAGAGAUAUGUCGGAGAUGAGUACGGGAAGUGACCUUGACAUUAGUUCGACGUCGGAUGUCGAGAGUGACUGUGGUCUGAAAGCGAGGCGAGACUCCCUGGAGCCGGGCGAGAUCCGGCCGACAUUUCCGCGAAGAAUCUCCCCAAUGUGCCACAACAACAACAGCAGCAUUCUAACAGCAUCCUCACCAGUCACCCCACCGCUGUCCCUGAGACAGGAAGUCCCGUUUGACCUGUCCAAGAAGACCCCGUCUCCUCAACUGGAAACCGGAUCCCGGGACGAGCUUCCUCUCGACCUGAGCAAGAAACGAGUCGUGGUGACGCCGGUCGAGACGCCGCGGAAGACUCACAUCUACGGCGAGGUGGUCCUGCCGUCACCGCCGGUGAUGGUCCCCGAAGCGAAGACGCCUUCCACCACUCUGGCGUACCCGUUCCCGAGCCCCUUCCUGAUGGAGUCAAUGUUCCGCAUGGAUAAAGAGAAGAUGCAGGCCUUGCACGACCUCAACAAGUUCAUGCCCAUCCCACGCUUCCCGGUGGGUGGACCCGUCUUCCCCGGGAUGAAUCCCUUUGGCAUGAUGCACCCCGACGCCAUGGUCGGCGACAAGACCAUGUCCCCGAUCACCAAGAUGGACAAGCUGCCCGACCAGUACCCGUUCUCGGCUGGCGGGAACAAGAUGAAGGAGCGGUACGCCUGCAAGUUCUGCGGGAAGAUCUUCCCGCGCUCGGCCAACCUGACGCGGCACCUCCGCACCCACACUGGCGAACAGCCGUAUAAAUGUAAAUACUGCGAGCGGUCAUUCAGCAUCUCGUCGAACCUCCAGCGCCACGUGCGGAACAUCCACAACAAGGAGAAACCCUUCAAGUGCCCGCUCUGCGACCGCUGUUUCGGCCAGCAGACGAACCUCGACCGGCACUUGAAGAAACACGAGUCGGAAGGGUCGAACGUCAUCGACUCGCCCGUUAACGAACUUGAAGAAAAAGAUGAGUCGUACUUCUCUGAGAUUCGUAACUUCUUGGGGGGAAAGACCGCGUCGCAGGACGGAAACGCGGAGAACGAGGAAACGUGUGAUAACCGAAUGGACAUGAGUGAGACGAAUGUACCGCAAGGUUCACCUGUUGUCAAUGACGAUGAUGAAGAUGUCGCGGUGGAUGAUGUUGAUGAUGAUGUAGACGCCGAUGCCGAGGUUUCGGCAGCGUGUGUUGUUGGUGGUGGUGAUGGACAGAUCAAACAGGAGGCGAAAUUUCACGAUAACAAUAACGAAGACGACCAAAAAUCGCCCGUUGCCUUUCUGCCAAAUGGUUUCCAUAGAGACGAUACUACCGCUGCCAUUAAUAAACCAGGAUAUGAAAUGAAGACAAGUUAUGCCCCCUUGGCGUGUUUAACAUAAGACAGUUGAACCUCUGUAAAUGAGACUUUCUUGUUGUUGUGUACAAAUAUUUUCUUAACGAAACCAACAUUCUGAAACUGACAUUCUGAAACUGUCGGUUGCAGCUAGUUGAAGUGGGACCAAUUAUGAUGACCAAUUAUGUUGACAUUAUGUGAGAGAAGGAAAACAUUAAUCAAUAACUCAAGUCUCUGCUGCAAGUCCAUGCAGGGCCAUACCUAGUAUAAACUAGGGUGGGGUGAGGUGAGGGGGUGGGCAGUAAAAAAAUGAUCAGUCUGUUAAUAUAGGGUCUUCUUUGUGUAGACAAAACAUGCACUUUUAAACGAAAACAGGCACAUUUUCGUCUUAUUUUUUUUUAUUGACAGCUGUCCCCUCCCCCCCCCCCCCCAACACUGUUAAGUACUGCCCUGCUAUUGAGACAUUAUUUACUAAUGUUUCAACUGUGGUAGCUAGAACACUAGGGUGGUUUUGAAAGUAAUAUAACAGAGGCCCAGGGUCCAUAGGAACCCAUCGGUUUUAUGAUUUUCGUCUAUGCUACAUUUCUGCAAUUAGCUGUAUUUCUUAUAAAAUAGGUGUUUCACAAACGAAAUCUAUAACACAUCCUUGCUAGUCAUUUCCAUAUAUGUAAAGUUAAAAGGUCAGGAGGGCGAGCAUCUUAACAUUAUGCAAAUGUGAUGCGACAGAAGACAAUGUGACGAGUGAAAUUGUUCGCAAGUGCUCACCCUCCUGAACACGCCCCGUGUUAGGUUUUAACCAUUUAGUAAAUAGUUUACCUCGGUUUGCAGCAGGGCCUUGAGUUUGUGUAUUGUCUGAAUGAAAAUAAUGUUUGUUGUUUGUAUACUGAACAGUAUAUAGUGUUAUUUUCUGUUACACAGACGUGACUAGUCAAAUCGAUAUAGAUUUAACGUGAAAACAGUGAACACUAAAACCAGUUGAGCCGAUUUCACAUGUAUGUGUUUUUUUGUAACUCCAGGGUGAUAACUGAAAAACUUGUAUUAUUGUCUGAAAUCCAGAACUAUUGUCUGAAAUCCAUGAUUAUUGUCUGAACUCCAUGAUUAUUGUCUGAAAUCCAGGUUUAUUAUAUAGGAUUUAAUAUAUCUGAAAUCCAGAAUUAUUGUCUGAAAUCCACAAUUAUGUUCAGAAAUCCACAAUUAUUGUCUGAAAUCCACAAGUAUUGUCUGAAAUCCACAAUUAUGUUCAGAAAUCCAUGAUUAAUGACUGAAAUCCACAAUUAUUGUCUGAAAUCCCAGAUUUUUGUGUCAAAUCCAGAAUUAUUGUAACUUUUAUCAUUUGAGCUAAUGUAAUGAUAGCUGUUUGAAGUAUUUGAAUGACGCUUUAUUGUAGUGAGUUUUAGCCUGAAGAGAAAUGUACAUACCGUGUAUAUUUCAAGUUUUGUAAUCUGUGUGACUUAGCCUUUAAUAGGUCACCUGCCCUGUGUAAAAGACAUGUGAAAUCAGCCCAACUGUGAGUGUUAAUUUCAUGUGAUGUAAAAUGUACAUGUACAUGUACAUUUGUUCAUGAGGGAGAAAUGUGUCUCAGUGGUUAAGUCAACGUGCUUACGGUUGUAGAUAUAUUUAUAUUACUUUUUUUGUAAUUUUGAUUUCUUUUUUUAACAGUUUAUACUUAAUAGAUUUCAUUCCCUAUAUUUUACACUUGGGGUCCUUGUUGUUGUUAUUUGUGUACAUAGUUUGUCGAUUUCGUGUUCAGCUGUGAUUGCUGAGAGGGAGACAUUGAUUUCAAAGAAAUGUAUUAAGAAAUAGAUACUAGGAAGUGUAAUAAAAUACACAAAGAAAUGUAUAACUAAAGAGAGGGAAAAAAGUCAUUGAAAUGUAAAAUUAAAAAGAUAAAAGAAAUGUACAAAGCAUUGUGCAAUUUGUUUUGCAGAUUUUUCGUGGAUUGUCCAUAGUAAACGAAAUGAAAUUGAAUUGAUAACAGCCAAAUACAUCCAGUGUUUAAUUCUAGAAUAUUGUUUAAUAAUUGACAAGUGUAAACUUGACAUUAAAUACUUGCUUUAAUUUCUUAGAUAAGCAUUUACAUAUACAAUGUAUUAAAACAAAAAUCGGCUUGAAUUAGAAAAGUAAAACAGUUAUUUAAAUGUUUUUAUUAAUUAUUAUUAUUUUUGUUUUGUUUUGUGAUCAAGUGUAAUAUUAUAUGUAUUACAUCUAUUUGGGACCCUGUCUCUGAUCUCAGCUGAUAUAUUAUAGCAAACUGUGGCAUAUGGUAAUAGAUACACACAAACCAAACACGGAGCAUACUUUUUGAUAUGCUGCCAAUUUCACCGUUACUUUAACAUAUUUUAUAUAUAUAUAUAUGUGACGUCAUUAUUAGUUGAAGACUGGGGUAUGUUCAGGGAGAAGAGCGCUUGCGAACAAAUUGACUGGUUUCCACCGUAUCCUAUCCAGUCAUACCCAUUUCAAAUUAGGUGCCAAAAAAACCCCAGUCUAGCGUGUGACCGUGAGCGCUCGGCUUUUUGAACAUGUCUCGGUAUUACGUGAUCGUAGCUAAGACGUUACAUAUACGUGAUCGUAGCUAAGACGUUAUGUAAAUGCCUGUAUGCUGGUUCUUAUGAUAGACCGACCGGUGGUUUAGUCCUGGAAGCCACGGCUAUGUUGGUUUGUUUUGUUUUCACGUUUGACAAAUAGUUCAUGAGAUUUUUGGGUUUGGUUUUUGCGUUUGAGCUAGUUAAAUCUCUUUUUUUAAAUCUUUUUCUUCUUUUUUUUUCAAUUUAGAUUUAGAAAUUUGAUAUUCGUAGAUUGAAGAAUUGUAAAAAUUAACAUACAUCUCUAGAUUGAAAACAUUAAAAAAAUAAAUCCACAAGAUUUUUUUUCUAAGUCCACGUCUUUUGCAAUUAACACAAAUUUGGAGUUAAAAAAAAAGAAAAUACACACACAUUACAUAGGAAGACAUUCUCUUUACAACUGUUGCUUACAGAAUUAUUAAAUGACAAGUCGUCCUUUAUUUUGAAAUGUUAGUCAAAUUACCAAUGAAAAAAGAAAGAAAAAAGAAGACGUGUUUUAUUAAAAUCUGCUAUUAAUAUUUAAAAUACUCUAAACUUUUUUAAAUAGCUGUAAAACACGCACGCACACACGUGUAUAUGUUAUGGGGUGUUUUUCUUGAGAUGUAUUCUUGCUAUUAUGUUUACAUCAGCAUCAGUUACAUCAUAACCAAACUAGCAUUUAAAACAAAACAAAACGAAACUAACUAUCUGAUGAUUGUUGUAAAUUGGAACUAACUGUACGGAAUGUAGCUUCAAAGAAUAUGCGUUAAUAUCAUGUAUAAUUUUGAUCUCACUCGAUCAAGCUUCCACGCAUGGACGAAGUCAGUUUAUAAUAACUGGUAGAUUAUAAUGUGUAACCCUGACAAGCUUGUAUUAUCAUUCAAUUUGUAAUUAUGACGCCAUGCUAGUACUGACAUAACAACUACUCUUAUUUAUUUUAGUUAUUUUGUGUUGACCUGUCUUGAACAAGGCGGAAAGUACUUCAUGUUCCAUAUCCACGGAAACAGUAUUACAUUAAAAACAAAAAAAAUGGACAAAAUUUUAUCUGUCUCAUAUUAUUCCCGAGUAUUUUGUUUUUGUCUCAAUAUGUUUUUGUAUUGAUAUAAAUUUUGCAAGUCAUUACUGAUAAUAAAUCGAAGCCCGUGCUUAUAAAUCCAUUACAGUCGAGCCUCGUAAAAUCUGAACCAUUUUAUGAAUAUCUGUGUGGGGUUGACAUGGCAUUUAAAUUCUCCAGACUUUGUUAAAGCUACAAAUUUAGACUUUAGAGUUUAUAAUGAGCAUAAAUCUACAGGCACGGCGGAAGCAAAUAGACAUGCGGGAUGGGGGGGGGGGGGGGGGGGGGGGGGUUGACUCAGAUAGAGGGCGCAAAGCAAAGUUUCAAGGGGGUUUGUGGGUAGGGUCUAUGCUCCCUUGUAAAAAUAGUAAAACUUGAUGUCCUGAAAUGCAAUUUCCUGCACUCUACAAGUAAAAUUCAUCUCUGCCUUAAGAUUUACUACCAAUAAUAUUUUUGAUUCAGAAUUAUUGGAGGGGUUAGAGCCCCAUCCCCCCAACCCCGCCCCUGCUCCGUUGUGCCUGAUCUUGGUCUUACAGAGCGUUACUCGCAAUCUUGGCAAAUACUUGUCUGUAAAAUGUAGCAUUUAUGCUGUUGGGAUAGCAUCAAUGUGGACUCGGACCGGAACUCGGGCUCUGAGCUCUGUUGACAAGCCCAUAUACCCCAAAGGUUUCAGGCACAUCCGUCCCAGGUCCGAUCUCUGGCCAGGUCAAUUAGCUGACAUGGGACGGAUCGAGGCAUCAACGUAGCUAAACCUUUUCGAGGACUCCCUAAAUAUAACUGUAUUACCUAUCCGGCUUGAAUCUUGACAAAUGUCUUCUAAAACCAACACAGAUUGCAGGACAUGAAUUAUACCACGCGUUUACUUGCCAUUGAUGACUUGUUGUUACAUAUAAAACUAUUUAUUAAUGUAUCCAUUCGAUUCAUUACGUAGAACCACGUUACGUGUGCUAGUGUCUCAAAAACUAGUCCCUUAUGUUUGUUUUAUUAUCUUGUAUUUGUUUUUGAAAGCAUUUAAAAAUAUACAUAAAUUUCUAUAUGUAUGAAUAUUAUUGCAAAUGGAAAAAAAUGAAAAAGUCCCAAGAGUUCUUAAACUGUUUGAAAUCCAUGUCCGACUCGUAUGAACUAUAACAGAAUGCUGUCUGUAUAUCCGUUUGUAUGUAUGUACUUCUCACCCCCAAACUCACACACGUUUUGUUUUCACGAUCCAAUAGUUGAGUAAAACAAAAACAUGAUGACUUUGUGAUUCUAAUUAUUAUUUUUGUUUGGUAGCCAGGUACGAAAUACAAUGUUAACAAAUGUUUCCAAACAUUGACGUUCACUUAUUUAUCUGUUUGGCCAAAAUAUGUGGUGUGCAUUUAAUAAUUUGUUAGAAUGAAACCGCAAGGUUUUAGUGUUUCAAUUCAUAUUUUGUAUUUCAUUCUCCAUGAAACUCAUGUAUCGGUUAAAACAGCAUUACAAAAUAAAUUAAUUUAUUGUCA